AGCUCGGGCGGAGCGGAACGGCCGCGGUGGCGUCGGCGGUCCGCAGGACUCUUUGGGCGCGUGCUGCGGAGGGAUACGUCGGUCGGGCGUUGGUACGCGGAUCGGGCGGAGGCGGCGGAGGGCCGGCCCGGCAUCAUGGCCUCGGAGCUGGAGAGCCUCAACCCCGGGCAGCGCAUCAUGACCUUCCGCCCCACCAUGGAGGAGUUCCGCGACUUCAGCCGCUACAUCGCCUACGUGGAGUCGCAGGGCGCCCACCGCGCCGGGCUGGCCAAGAUCGUGCCGCCCAAGGAGUGGAAGCCGCGGCAAUGCUACGAUGACAUCGACGAGCUCGUCAUCCCCGCGCCCAUCCAGCAGGUGGUGACGGGACAGUCCGGGCUCUUCACGCAGUACAACAUCCAGAAGAAGGCCAUGACGGUCCGCGAGUUCCGUAGGAUCGCCAACAGUGACAAGUACUGCACACCCCGGUACACAGACUUUGAAGACCUUGAACGAAAAUACUGGAAGAACCUUACGUUCAAUGCCCCCAUCUACGGGGCUGAUGUUAAUGGCACGCUCUACGACAAGCAUGUAGAUGCGUGGAAUAUUGGCAGAUUGAACACAAUCCUGGAUAUUGUGGAGAAUGAAAGUGGCAUUACCAUUGAAGGAGUGAAUACUCCUUACCUAUAUUUUGGCAUGUGGAAAACUUCCUUUGCUUGGCACACUGAGGACAUGGAUCUCUACAGUAUUAAUUACUUGCAUUUUGGGGAACCCAAGUCAUGGUACUCCAUCCCUCCAGAGCAUGGAAAGCGGCUGGAGAGACUUGCAAAAGGUUUUUUCCCAGGAAGUGCCCAAAGCUGUGAAGCAUUUCUCCGUCACAAGAUGACUCUUAUCUCUCCAUCAAUUCUGAAGAAAUACGGAAUUCCAUUUGAUAAGGUGACACAGGAGGCUGGAGAGUUCAUGAUAACCUUUCCUUACAGCUAUCAUGCUGGCUUUAACCACGGCUUUAACUGUGCUGAAUCUACCAACUUUGCUACUCUUCGGUGGAUUGAGUACGGGAAGCAGUCGGUGCUGUGCUCAUGUCGGAAGGACAUGGUGAAGAUCUCCAUGGAUGUGUUCGUGAGGAAGUACCAGCCAGAUCGUUACAAGCUUUGGAAAGCUGGGAAGGAUGUGACUGUCAUUGACCAUGCUCUUCCAACCCCAGAAGCAGCAGAGUUCCUUAAAGGGGAUCUCAUGCAAAAAGUCAAGAAUGGGAAACAGUGUGCUGAGGAGAUGGAAACAGAAGUGUAUAAAGAGGAGGUGGAUGGGGAUGAGACAAAAAGCAUCCCCAAGCACCGCAUAGGAACCAAAAGGCACAGGGUCUGCCUGGAAGUGCCUCAGGAGGUGAGUGAGAGUGAGGCCUUCCCUAAGGAGGAGCUGAGCUCCACACAGUAUCAAGCAGACCUGACAGAGCCUCGUGAGAGGUCCACGAGUGAAUAUGUGCAGCAAGGUGAACAAAGGCUCAAACUUCCAGAUCGUGUGGACUCAGACAUAUUUGAAGAAUUGAAAACAGUGAAGCCGGAGGAGGAAGAACAAGAAGCAGCUGUACUGGAUCUCUCCAUUUCACAUGCUUCAAAUUCCACUUCAAUGUUGCCAGCUUCAAAGCAGAGUGCUACAUCCAGUGUUCAGUCCAGCUCACCUGCCUAUUCUUCAGACUCUGAAUCGUCUGAUCUGUUGGCAAAACGAACUCUUCCUGGGCCAGCUGGGCUGUUCACAGUCCACAGCUACGCUAAGGGGGAUGCCAGCGGGUCCGACAACGAGCAGACUUCAGGGAAGAAAGCCAGUGCCACCUCCAGUGUCAGUGAGCAAGAACUGACAGAGGUGGGAAAGGAGUAUGUGAGCUCCAUGAAGGAGAGUAAGAAGUCCAAGGGUCGUCGCCAGCCAUUGAGCAAACUCCCACGUCAUCACCCACUCCUGGUGAAAGACUGCAUCAGUGAUGAUGAGGCAUCAGAGCAGCUAACUCCUGAAGAAGAGGCUGAGGAGACAGAAGCAUGGGCCAAGCCACUGAGCCAGCUGUGGCAGAAUCGGCCGCCGAACUUUGAGGCUGAAAAAGAAUACAAUCGCACCAUGGCCCAGCAGCCCCCGUACUGUGCUGUUUGUAUGCUCUUCCAGGCAUAUCAGGCAGAAUGUGAAGGUAAUAGUCAAAACUCUGGAGUAACUCCAGCUGCUGCAGAUGGGAAGGUCCGAACUAAACCCCUGAUUCCUGAAAUGUGCUUUACUGCAACUGGCUGCAGCACUGAUCUCAAUCUUUCAACUCCCUACCUGGAGGAAGAUGGAACCAGUGUACUCAUCACCUGCAAGAACUGCCAUGUCUGUGUUCAUGCAAGUUGUUACGGUGUAUCCCCUGACAAGGCCACUGAAGACUGGAUGUGCUCCCGGUGUACAGAAAAUGCAUUAGAAGAGGACUGCUGUUUGUGUUCAUUACGAGGAGGAGCCCUGCAGAGGGCCAAUGAUGACAAGUGGGUUCACGUGAUGUGUGCUGUGGCUGUACUGGAGGCAAAAUUUGUGAACAUUGCAGAGCGGAGUCCUAUAGAUGUUGGCAAAAUCCCCCUGCAACGUUUCAGACUGAAAUGCAUCUUCUGCAAGAAAAGGAGAAAGAGAAUUGCAGGUUGCUGUGUACAGUGCUCACAUGGUCGGUGUCCCACAUCCUUUCAUGUCAGCUGUGCCCAAGCAGCAGGAGUCAUGAUGCAACCUGAUGACUGGCCAUUUGUUGUCUUCAUUACCUGCUUCAGGCAUAAGACUCCAUCUCAGGCAGAGCGAGCUAAGGCUGCACUCCAGGAUCUGUCCCCUGGACAGAUAGUCAUCAGCAAGCACAAGAAUGGUCGCUUCUACCAAUGUGAAGUGGUCAGCCUUGCAAAGGAGACUUUCUACGAGGUCAACUUUGAUGAUGGCUCCUUCAGUGAUAACCUGUACCCAGAGGACAUUGUGAGUCGAGAUUGUCUCCAGUUAGGUCCCCCUGCUGAAGGAGAAGUCGUGCAGGUGAGAUGGACAGACGGACAAGUUUAUGGAGCCAAGUUUGUUGCAUCACACGCUAUCCAGAUGUACCAGGUGGAAUUUGAAGAUGGUUCGCAGCUGAUGGUGAAAAGGGAUGAUGUAUAUACUCUUGAAGAGGAGCUUCCUAAGAGAGUGAAGUCAAGGCUGUCAAUAGCUUCAGAUAUGCGCUUCACAGAGAUCUUCGAAGAGAAGGAGGUCAGUCAAGAGAGGAAGAGACAAAGAGUGAUCAAUUCACGCUAUCGUGAAGAUUAUAUUGAACCUGCUUUGUACCGGGCCAUCAUGGAGUAAACACUGCCUGUGGCAGAUGAAGAAGAUGCCCUCCUCCCCCCAAGGAUUUAAACGUUCCAGUACAACAGGCCAUAUGUGGAUGCUUUGAAUCCAGGGUUUCUUCUGGGGUUUUGUUCUUUUAUAUUUUAAGGAAGCUAAAAAGCUGAUGCUCUGCAGUAGCUGUAAGGCAGCUGUUGGAUAGUGAAAGAGAUCCCAUUUGCGGAAGCUGAUGCCUGCACACUGCUGGUCUGAAGUUGGGUCCUUACCAAAUAAGCCAGCUUGGGGAUGUUGCUUUCAUCUUGUUGAGCAGUCUUGCUUUUUCUUUAGAGACAAUUUUGACAGGUGGCAAACUCUUUGGGGAGUUGUUGCCAGGAAUCCUGGCAGCUGCAGAAUAGUAUGAUUUAUUGUUUAAAUUGAAUAAUGUUCCUGAAUUUAGGAGUUUGCCUGGUGACCACACCUGGGCUUGAGCAGGCAGUAUUACUGGUGCUGGAAAUGGAACCUCUUUUAUAUUUAUAUCCUUUUUUUUUUUUGUUGCAAGCAGCUUGUCUCUUGUUUCACAGCACCUCCUUUCUGAGGUUGAGCUGUAGGUUGUUCAAAUCUGAACAGACAGGAGGUGCUUGUGUGAACAGGUGAAAUGUGAAACUGAAUCCUGUAGGACAAAUUAUUUAACCUUCCAUUUAAUAUUUUGUUCUGAUAGUGCUUUUGACUUACUUAAUCAUGAGUUUAAUUGUUAAUAGUAUGUGCCUCAGAACCAGUGAAAUCUCUCUGGAGCCUUGUGAAGUGCAGCCUUCUAACAAGAAUAGGUGUUCAGCUCCCAAUAGAUACUCAGCUCCCAAAGAGUUUCUUUUGAGUUUCUCUAAGGCAAUAUGAAUGAAGGGACAGUCCUAACUCUCCCUUCUUGAAAUCCAAGCAUCACAGUGUUGGGGAUGACAGGGCAGCGAUAUCUGAAACAGUACUGCUCUGGGGCAGCACUGUCUAUCGUGGGUCCGCAGGCUUUUGCUUACAGCAGCUAAUAGUGGGUCUGACAGAUGAAGUAUGCACUGAGCUGUGUGUUAUUAUUGAAAGGCUAUGCAGUGCUCUUCUGAAGCAGGAGUGCUGCCAAGUUGCUGUCUGGCAAAGGUUACCGUAGCAUUUUUAUAGGGUAUUAGGACACAUCUCAGUUGUGGUGGAGGGAAUUUGCUACCCCAGCCAUACAAAGCUGAGUUGAGCUGGGUAAUAGAUGUGUACUUGGAAGAUGUGCCAACUUGCUCCCAAUAAUAUAAGCAUUAACACACCACAGUAGGAGCAGUGUAAAUACAUGCUCCUUUCCCGUUCUGUAGGAAAGGAAUUUUUGGCUGUGGAGCAGAUUGGCCACCUUCUUUCUGCAUGGAAUAAUGGGGUGAAUUUUCCUACUGGAGAAAAUCAUGAUAGUGUUCUCCAGAAACUGUUCAAGAGGAGAAUUUUCUAAUGAAACAGACCUAAUGCAUCCCUGCUUCUAUAGGGACAUGGCAAUGUGUCUGCAAAGUCUGGAUUUGUAACUUUUUUCCUUUUGUUACAUAGGAACGCUAUAAACCAAACCCGUCUGAAACCCCGGUGCAUCAAUUUGUGAUUAGCAAUAAAAUGUAGUAUUGAGUAGUGAUACAACUCUUGAUCAGAAAAGAAAUAAACUGCAACUUUUAUACAGAAGAUCUUUAGCCCUACGUUUUUAUAGGGUCAGGAGGAUAAGUAGCAAAGAUUUGCACAAUCACUGUUUUGCAUAGAGGUAACCUGUCCUAUUUUUCUGGUGGAAUACCUUGUUCAUCAGUAUUGGAAGGCUUACACAGACUCCGAAAGGAGAUAAUGGCUUUCUUUUCUGGUUUAAUUUGUUUGGUUUGUUUUUUGUUUUAUUUUUCCCUCUUACCAUGUCCAGAACUCCUAGUCUCAGAGUAUUAAAUGGUUUUCUGAUGAAUGGUAUAGUUGGCUUGAUAAAACCAGGAUCUGUUAAGACCUGAGUCUGGUAGCUGCAUUUAGUCUGGUCCAGGCAAUACGAACAAAAUUGCACUUUGACAUCUGAGCUUGUGUGUAAGUCUCUGAAGUGGUGUGCUGUGAGCAAAUGUGGAGAAGAGCUGCCAGGCCUUAACAAACUUGCCUCUGUUCUCUCAGAGUUAACUUGGCAUUAACUUCUCAUAGGAUGAACAGUACCUGUGUGCUACUGAAGAACAUACUCCUUGUCUCAAUCUGCCACUCCAGAGAAAAGGUGCCUGUGUUCAGGCUUUGUUCCCAAACUGCUGUAGAACUUAAAUGCACCUUUUAGGUGCCACAUGCCAUGCUACCUGUGCUGCAAACACUUGGCUCACCAGGUUCAUAUGAAAUUAUGACCUAGUAGGAAACAGCUGGAUUUGUUUGGUGUGGUGUUCUUCCUGGGAUUGGUUCUUGGAGCUGCUCUAUACAGGGCCAAGAGUUGGAUUUUAUUGAUUCUUGUGUGUCCUUUGCAACACAGGAUAUUCCGUUGUUCACCUGCAGCAAGUUUUGCCACUCACCUCUGACAGUAUUCAGUGACUUUCAAGAGCUCCUAUGCAUAGUACUUGUUCUGGAACAGGAGCUUUGUUAUCUGUUUCUGGUAUGUUUUCUGCGGGUUCCAGAUACACUCUUGUUGACAGUUGCACAGUGACUGCACUGUGUUGGAAACUGCUUCCAUCCUGCACUCUGUGACAAAGGGCCUUCCCAAUUUUCCUGUCAGUUCUUGUGCUACAUCACUCAAAUGUGAGCACACUGUUACCUGCUGCAGAGACUAAACUUCAUUUUGGCUUCUCUCUCUGAACUUAAAAUCAGUGACCUGAUGUGUGAGGGGUCUUCAUUAUCUGACUUUGAAAAAGCAGUUUGGUUUAUGGCUUGAAAUAUAACAGAUAGCAAUAAAAGCUCUGUACAGA